UAAGCAGGCGUAUGGGAACGCACGUGGGAGUCAUGAGCAGCCCGUUGCAGUUGGUGUUAGCGAAAACGCCGAAGUUUUUGUAGCCAAGAAGUGGAUGUGCCUUUUUAGAAUCAGAAAGGGCUUUUAUCAAAAGUUUUAUCUCCAUUCAUGGCCAGAUUCUGUGUCAGAUUUGAAAAAAUGCAGACCUGCUUGUGUUGGUGUGGUGAUGAAUCAAGGAUUGUGCACAUUCAGCAGGACAUGGACUGCGUUUCUUAGAAUUUGGCUUUACAAUGGAAAAGAACAAUUUUCAGAAGUAUCUGGGAAGGGUUUGAGCCAUGUCUUUUUUUGGGUCAAUGGACAUCUCAUCUUUUUCAUUUUCCAUGGAAUUCCUACACAAAAUUUAGUUCAGAGCUUACUUUGCAUCCCUAGCUAUAGCCUGUGAUUAAAAUGAAUUUAAAUUAAUUCUGUGUUGCACUAAGCUCUGUCCCAACACUGUAAACACACAAAAAGAAGUACUUAAUCUUUAAAAAGACCUUAGAAAGCAGUACACCCCAUCCUGGAAGUUUAUUAGGACAAUGCCAGGACUUUACAACUUCAGUUGUGUGCACUCUGCAGUCAGCAAGAUUCCUCCUUCAGAUUCAUGGCUUAACAGGCAUUUUUCAGCAGCCAGAGGUGCAAACUGAGAUGUUUGGUAAGAGCUUGUUUUUGAAAAGUGUUGGCUGCUUUGGUCAUGAAAAAGAGGAACUCAUCAAGUGCUGCACAGUGACUGGAGAACUCAAUGAUUCUCAUCCAGCACAUGGGUGGGGAGGCUGCUGGAUGGGGACUCUCACAAGUGGCUUGUGCAGAAUGUGAAGCACAAGAGUUUUGUAGCAUCUGAAAGAGAUUUUUGCCUGGGUUGAGAUAACACCCUCAGAGCUGCUGCUGGAUGUCUGUCUUGAACUCUGCAAGUGUUUUGUGAGCUCAAGGGCAUUCCAGAAGGGAGAAGCAGUGGGAUUUACUGCCUGAAUUUUUGUCCAGAGAUACCUUCCAGUAGUGUAAAGGUACUAUGUGUUGGAGACCAGAGUCUUCAGCUUCACCUCUCCAAAAUUAGCCUCCUAACAUCAAGUGGGGAAAUCCAGUUCUUUCUUGCCUGCUCUUUUUCCUGCUUCUUCCUUGCAAUAUUGUCUCAGUCCAUGAUGGAGUUUGAUGUUUGAGCUAUGCUUAGCAAAUUAGCAUUUCUUAAAGAUAUGUGCUGGGAUAGCUGUUACUUGAUUCCCACAUGAUCCCUAGACACAAGGUAAGCACCUUGAAAUUCACUUCAGUAUAUGAGAAAUGCACCGAGUAACCUAGGAAGGUCCUCUGGGAAAGUGCCUUCCAGCAGUGCUUUUAGCUCUCAGUGCAAGCAUUUUCGGAAAGUGGCUUUAUCAGAGGAUGUCACAGACAGGGUUUUCCAGUCUCUCUCUCAUGGUGCUAUGCCCUUGCAUUCUGACCAAGGUGCCAUUUGCAUGCCGAUAUGUUUUGUUGGUUGCCUGCCCUAGAUUUUAACAACCAGGUCAACCAAAAAACCUCUGAUGGGGCCCUGGGAGUCAUUAGGCACCUCUGAUGAUAAAAAGACUUCAGCAGGAUUCAUACAAAAGCUUUGAAAAUUCCUGUCUCGCCUUGUAUCCUCAAGCUGAAUGAAGCAGAGUUUCUGCUGUUCAAACAGCAGCUUCUAGUUUAAUUAUUAGAAACCCUCUUGCGGUAAUCACAACACCUACUGCAGUUUUUUGACUUCAUUAUUUAGUAAUGAGAAAGUAUCUCAUUGUAUUGUCCUGUCACUUUCCUUUUCAAGUAUCAUUAAUGGCCCUAAGGAUAUGUUUGUCAUUAAGGAUUAGACUAGACAUCUUGAGUUGGUUCAUAGGUCUGAUAUAGACUCCUGUCAUGAUCUUGGGUCUCUGGUCCUUGACUCUUGUUCUGUAGAGUGACUGUAAAAUGCAUCUUUUUUGGCUUUUAUCUCAUCAGAGUGUUAGUCAAGUAAAAUGGAAGCUGGCAAAGGGCAUCUGAUUGCUUACUGUGAACACAUUAGAAGGGAGGGAAAAGAGCUUCUUAAGCUAAAGAACAAUUUUGGCAGAAAAAAAUGCCUAUAAAUGGAAGGUGGAUAAAUUUGAGAUGGAAAUUUGAAGAAAGUUUCUCAUCAUCAGAUCAGUCAAGCUCCAGAGCACUAUUCCAGGAUGAUCUGGGGGGAGAACGACCUGGUGCAUAAGGUUACCAGAUGGAUGCCAGAGAUAAGCAGCUUUUACGCUCCCUGCGCAUUGAGCUCUGCGCAGAGGUGCUGGUGGAUGGACUUGUUGUUCAGUAUCUCUUCCAAGAAGGGAUUCUUACAGACAGUCAUGUUCAAGAAAUAAAAGCCCAAACCACCAGUCAGAGGAAAACUAUGAUGCUCCUUGAUAUUCUCCCCACCAGAGGACCCAAAGCUUUUGAAGUGUUCUUGGAUUCCUUACAGGAGUUCCCAUGGGUUAAAGACAAGCUGAUGAUGAAGCGUAAGGAAAUGACAGUACAAGGUCCUUCAGAUUUAACUGUAAUUGCACCAUGCAUUUUGAAGACUUCACCAACAGAUCAGCAGCUGAACAAGCUUGCAAGGAGGCUGGGACCCGAAUGGGAGCAUGUGGUUCUGUGCUUGGGUUUGUCCCAUACUGACAUCUAUCGAUGUAAAGUCAAUCACCCUCACAACCUGCAGUCACAGAUUGUAGCUGCACUUGUCCUGUGGAGACAGCGUUUGGGGAAAAAAGCAACAAUCCAAAGCCUGCAAGCCAGUCUGAUAGCAGAAGAAGUGGAUCCUUCUGUGAUACAGUACAUGCUUGAGGGAAGCCAUGCUAUUGAUCGAGAGCUUCCACGUACUUCGUUAAAUUAAAUAUAGAGAGUGGAAAUGUAUGUUGAAGAUUGGAUGCCUCAAACUGGAAAAAAAAAUGGGGUUGGGAACUGUGAUUUUAUUAAGCUUAAACAUUCCAGUUUUCUGUGCCAUCUUGUGACUUGUAAUUCUUUUCAUGCCAGAUUAAUUUUUAGCAGGCAUUAAAAAAUGAAUCAUU